AUGGUUCUUGAACUGGUUGCUGGAGCUUUCCUCUCUGCUUCACUUGAGCUUAUGUUUUCCAAAAUGGAUUCUCGGGAGGUCGUUGGUUUCAUCCGUGGAAAGAAGAUCGAAGAAGGGCUCAGGAAGUUGGAGACCAUGUUAUUGAUGGCUAACAAAGUACUGAACGAUGCUGAGAGGAAACAAAUCACUGAUGGAGCUGUGAGGGAGUGGCUUCAGGAGCUCAAAGAUGCAAUCUACGAUGUAGAGGACUUGGUUUAUGAGAUCAACAAUGAAGCUUUGCGAUCCAAGCUGGAAGCUAGUCAGUCUAGAAGACAACAAAAGCUGUUCAACGAUGGCCUUCGUUUGAUUGAAGGCGUCGAAACCAGACCUUUUCAAAGGAUAUCUGAAGCUACUUUGGUUAAAGAAUCUGAUAUUCAUGGGAGGGAUGAUGAUAAGGAAGCCAUCAUGAAGUUGCUACUAUCUGAUCAUCAAGUAGGUGGUGAUAAAAUUUGUGUAAUUGCCAUCGUUGGCAUGGGUGGGAUUGGCAAGACCACCCUUGCUCAGCUUGUUUAUAGGGAUAUUGACAACAAAGUCAAGGAGAAACUUUUUGAUGUCAAAGCAUGGAUCACAGUAUCUGAUGAAUCUGAUGUGUUUACCUUGACAAAAAUGAUUUAUCAGGCUGUUACUGAAUCAAAAACCUGCAGUACCACAGAAACAUUUCAACUUCAACAUAAACUAGAGCAGUUUUUGGAUGGAAAAAUAAUUCUCCUUGUCCUUGAUGAUAUAUGGAAUGUGAACCAUCAAACCUGUUGUGCAUUAAAGAUUCCAUUUGAUUCUGCUGCAAAUGGAAGUAAAAUCAUCAUAACAACACGCAAUGAAAACAUUGCAUCAAAGAUUGGUGAUGUCCCAAAGCAUGAACUGCAAAUGAUAUCGGAUGAAGAUUCUUGGCGGUUAUUUUCAAAACAUGCUUUCGGUAGUGUAAAGCCAACAGCAUAUCCAGAUCUUUUGGAAGUAAUUGGUAGAAAAAUCAUAAAAAAAUGCAAAGGUCUGCCUUUAGCAGUAAAGUCACUAGGUGGUCUUUUGCAUUCGGAACUAGAUCUCAAGGCUUGGGAAAAUAUACUAGAGAUUGACAUAUGGGAGUUACCUCAAGAAGAGAAUAAUAUUCUUCCAGCUUUAUGGUUGAGUUAUUACCAUCUACCUUCACAUUUAAAAAGAUGUUUUGCUUAUUGCUCAAUAUUUCCUAAAGAUUAUAGAAUUGAAAAGGAAAAAUUAAUUUUACUGUGGAUGGCAGAAGAUCUUUUGCAACCCAAAAGAAACAAGCCACUGGAAGAAGUUGGAAAUGAAUAUCUUAAUGAUCUAGUAUCGAGGUCAUUCUUUCAGGAUUGGUCGUAUGACACACUUGCCAUGCAUGAUCUUGUGAAUGAUCUUGCUCAUUUUGUAUCAGGAGAAUCUUGUUUGAGGUUGAAUCACAAUUGCUCACAGGACUUUGUGACAAAAAAGACUCCCCAUUUAUCACUUUGGAGGUGUAAGCCCUAUGAUAUCAAUAUAUUAGGGGAUGGUGGUGAAAAUAAGGUUUUGCGCACUUUGCUAGUAUUGGAUUCUAGGUUUACAUCCCAAGAACAAUACGACAAAAGUUUCAGACAUUUGCAAUCAAUGCGAUACCUAAGAGUGCUUUCUAUGCCAAGCAAUAUGUAUACAUAUGGAAAUUUUCUUAGUAGAAAGGUGUUUGAUUCAAUUGGCAGUUUGAAGUCUUUACGAUAUUUGAAUUUGUCUUUUUCUAAAAUUAAAGAACUACCUGAUAUAAUUUGUUCAUUGUGCAAUUUGCAGACACUAAUAGUAAAUUCUUGUUGUGAACUUACUCGGUUGCCAGACACGAUUGACAAUUUGAAGCAUCUAAGGUAUUUAGACGUAUCCGAUACUGCAAUUGAAAGGAUACCUAACACGGUCUGUAAUUUGCAAAACUUUCAUACUCCUUAUUUGUGUGGUUGUGAAGAGCUUACUCUUUUACCAUCCAAUAUCACAAUGCUAAGCAAUUUGCACCAUCUCGACAUUUUGUGUACAAGUUUAAGAGAGAUGCCACCACAACUCUCAAACUUGAAAAGUCUGGAAAGUUUAGGACAGUUUGCUGUAGGCAAAAAUAUUGAAUCUAAUAUUAAAGAGCUACGUAAGUUUCAAAAUCUGCAUGGUAAAUUGUGCAUCACAAAUCUUGAGAAUGUAGUAAAUAUUGAAGAUGUUUCGGAGGCCAGUUUGAAGGAUAAGAAGCUUAUUCGUGAAUUGAUCUUGGAGUGGAAGGGUGAUAGUGCCAAAGAUUCACAUGAAGCAUGGAAGGUACUUGAGAGACUUCAACCUCACACAGAUAACCUUGAAAGUUUAGCAAUUAGAAAUUAUGGCGGUAGAAGCUUCCCAAGUUGGAUAGGACAUCCUUCAUUCUUUUGUAUAGUUUCUGUGACGCUAUAUAAUUGUAAAAAUUGUUGUUCCUUGCCAUGUCUCGGACAAUUACCUUCCUUAGGAGACCUGACGAUUGAGAGAUUUGAUUUGUUGGAGAAAAUAGGAGAUGAAUUUUAUUGUGAUGGUUCUUCUUUAGUUGACAGUAAACCAUUCAAGUGGUUAUAUUAUUUAAAUUUUUUGGAUAUGCCACGAUGGAAGGAGUGGUCAUUGAUGGGAUGUAGCAAAGAGAGUUGUGGUGGAGUUUUCUUAAAUCUCAAGUAUCUCUCGUUUUCAGAUUGUCCAGAGCUAAAUGGUGCUUGCAUGCCAUAUUGUCUUCCAUCCUUGACAAGUCGUUCAAUUAGUGGAAGUAGUGACCAACUGGUGGGUUCAUUAUCAAGGUGUGAAUAUCCAUCGCUUGACAAGUUGAGUUUAACAUAUUGUCCAACAAUGAAGUCGUUUCCUCAAGGGAGAUUGCCUUCCAACAUUAAAAGUAUUGAGAUUCUUGGAUGCAAUGAAUUGGUGUCAUUGUCGGAAGAGGGUUGGCCAUGCCAUUUAAACUCACUUGAUAUCAGCCAGUGUGAAAAGGUUUUUUUUGGGGGCCAAUCUGCGGAGGCUUGUUUCUCUUACUUCUCUGAGUCUAAAUUUUCUGCCAAACCUCAAAUCCCUAGAUGGGAUGGGUUUUGGACACCUCGUCUCCCUUCGAAAGUUGCACAUCGAUUCAUGCGAUCAGCUGCAAUGCUUGGUAGAAGAAGAUGA